CUCCUCGGUCCGUUCCGUUCUCCUGAUGCGGAGCUGCUCUGCGGGGAGAGAGGACGAGGAGUCUGCGGGGGUCACUUCCUCUCACAGGAAGCUCAGCUCCGGACGUCAUUUCUAGGAAGGUUAUUAGGAAGAAUGUUUUUCAGACAUAACUCAUUCCUCAUAGAUCUUUCGAUCUUUUCUUCCAUAAUGUAGUUUAACAUAUACACCCCGUCUUUUCAGACGUUUGGCCUUUUUUCUUUUGUCUUGUGAUCACUCCGCCGUGUUUCUGCCUCACAGUCAUACGGGAUGUGGUACAGAAGUGAAUUAGAGGAUGGAUACGAAUCUAAUAAAACAGUCUGGCUCCAGUUGGGGGGGGGCUCUCCAGGAUGGGUCCCUGGGAGCGGUGUCUGUGGGGGCCGCCGGCACAGCACCGUGUCCGACAGCGGGGACACCGGGAUCGGGACCUACUGCUCCAACAGCGUGGAAGAUGACUCCAGUUCCAGUACCACACCGUUGUCUCUUCAGCCGCUCACGUUGCAGCAUCUCGUGAGUCAGGAUGAAGGGUCCGUCCCCCUGGUCCACGUCAUGCUGUCCCCAUCCUCCUCCCCGUACACCGGCUAUAGUACGCCAGCCUCCACCAGCAGCAGCACCGGGCGCUGGAGCAGAUCCUGCCAGCUACUGACCCCUGCCGUGACCCUGCCGGGGGUCUCUCUGGACAUGAAGGACCACCAGCCCCUGCGGAGGUGCUCCUCUCUCACCAAGCUGCCCUCUGGGGCGGACAGAAGCUCCAGCAGGACAUCAGGCCUUCAGUACAACCCCCAAGGCUCCCUGGACCGAGGACUGCCACAUGGGUACAGGAAGGAGCCCCUCGGUUCUAACGUGGAUCUUUACCUCCCCUUAUCUUCCUCCUUGCUCUACAACAGCCUCCUGCAGCGCUCCCCGGGGGCCGGGCCCUGCUACCACCGGCUACAAAAACCACAGCAGUAGAUCCAGUGGGUUUGGAAAAGAAACCGGUCCGUGCCCUCGAGUCCGUCCUCAUCGGUGAAACGCAACAGUUUGGACAUGAACUACAGCGCCUUGCCGGAAUCUAAAGUGGCUCGGGGGGGGGCACAGCUCUAUGGCCUCAGCUUACCCAAACCAGCUGACCCAGCACUGAAGGAUCAUCAAACCGACAGAGGGUCCCCUAUCCAGCCGGCGGUCCGCACCCAGAUGUGGCUCGCUGAGCAGAUGGAGUACAGGCCCAAAGUAGAGGGGUGGAGGUCAACUGGGGUCCGAUUGGGUGCUGCUGGAACAGAGGGCUGUGGAGAUGGGCCAUUGCCAUGUCAACAGGAACCGGGGCUUCACCAGGUGCUGAUGGGGACCUCUCUUCCUGUACACACUUUGGUGAAGGUGAAGGAGGGGCUGCUGAGACAGAGAGAGCUGGAGAUAGAGAGACAGAAGCAGCAGAUCCUGCAGCUCCAUGCCCGGAUCAGAGAGAACGAGCUGAGAGCAGAGCAGGUGCUGCACAGCCAGAGGGUGUGGCUGGAUGACCCCCCCUUCCAAAAGGAAUCAGCGUUGAGAACAUGCAAACAGCCCUCUGAUAGGCUGUACUGCGAUGAGGAGCUGGGGAGGAAGCUGGCGGUGGCUGAGCUGGAGGUUCUCCAUCUGAGCGAGUUCUUCAAGCAGGUCAACCACAAAUAUACAGAGGACAUCAGGAAACUGGAGGAAAAGAUAAAGACGAGGGAUCGCUACAUCAGCAGUCUAAAAAAGAAAUGUCAGCGAGAGAGCGAACAGAUCCGAGAGAAACAGCAACGCAUCGAAACUCUGGAGAAAUACCUCUCUGACCUGCCGACGCUGGACGAGGUGCAGACCCAGAGCCAGCAGCAGGAGGAGGUCCAGCAGAAGGCCAAACAUCUGGAGAGAACUGCCUCCCGGUUACAGCAGAGCCUGGAGGAAGGGUACGCUCUGAUGAAGGAGAAGGACUUCAGGAUGGAGAUGCAGGCCAUGAGGGAGAAGGAGCUGAUCGCAUCGGUGCAAAGCCUGCAGCAGAAGGUUCAGCUCUGCCUGGCUGACGGGGUGAGGCUGCCCAUGCAGGACCUGAAGCGGCUGGAGGUGGAGAACACUGACCUGCUGGAGCAGAAGGACCACAGCAGCAGGCUGAUCGAGCAACAGAAGGAACGGAUUGAGAGACUGACCUCUCAGCUAACGUUUAUUUGCAUCCUGCCACUCAGAAGAAAAGAAGCCUUCCUCAUGAACAGGAGGAAAGCCCGGCCCCCCCCAUCCAGAGCCCCCCCACAGGUAUUUAAGGUGGGGGAUAGUGGGCUUCUGGUGGAGCUGCCUGAGGUGGAGCUGCCUGAGGUGGGCUGGCUGCUGAAGGAGAUGUCCCUGUGUCUGCUGGACCUGCAGGCCCUCUGCAGCAUCCUGGCCCAGAGAGCACAGGGGAAGGAGCCCAACCUGUCCCUGCUGCUGGGCAUGAAGUCGCUGAGUGUCUCUGCGGAGGAGAGCGACAGCAGGGUGGAGGAGGAGCUGAGGGUGAAGCUGCUGGAGGUGGCUCGGCUGCGGGGGGACAUCGACGACCUGAGGAGGAGCAUCUCGGAGCGCUACGCCCAGGGUCAGGGGGACAGCUGCGUCUCCUAGUGACCCCCCCCCCCCCCCCCCCCCCUGUGUCCCUUCUAUCUGUCAAAUUCAUCUUGUACUCUUUUUUUUUUUAUUGUCGUAUUUGCAAAUGUACGAAGGAGGAGUCUGUUACUAUUGCGUUACAAAAGCAUGCGGAAAGAAAGAAACAUAAACUAUACUAAAGGGAUGCAUUAUUUUUUACAAUAUAUCAUUAUAUGUGUAGUAUUACCAUAUCAAUAUUACAUUUUUUAUAUUAAGUUUAUUGUUAAUACUGGUAUAUGUAAGAGGAUAUGAGCAAAAUUAGGAAUGUUGCUAUGAUUAAGAAGUGAGAUCUAAAUGAGUGAAUAUCAGUAUUAAAGCUGCCGCUUGUUGCGCUGCCUUCUAGUGGCCCAAACUAUGUUAUUUAUCGAUUUAGAUCAGGGGUGUCCUAAAAUGUUUCACUGAGGGCCACAUACAGAAAAAUAUAUGAAGGGCUGGACCCCUCACUAGAGGUGAGGUAUAUUGCCUCAUAAGGUCAGUUAUAAGAUAGCAAAAUCAAUCAAAUGUAGGGACAUUAUUCUUGAUAGAAAGCUUUAAGAAAAAAACAGUCUACAUCACAGCUCUCCAUAGGGUUUCAUUUACUUUGUUACAAAAAGUAUAUUUCAAGUGCGUUACGAGAAUAAGUUAUUGGGCUUUUACUAAGACUAAGAUUUGUUAGAAAAUGUUCUCUGCUUUAUUGACUGAAUUUAUUAGAACAUUGGGCUCAUUAACACAUGAAUACUGUGUAUUUGAACAUAUAUAUUUAAGAAGUACAAUAUAGCACGAGCACAAGUUUCAUGUGCAUAUUGCAUUAUACUUUUAGGAUUUGCUGCGGGCCAAUUAAAAACAGACCACGGGCCACAGUUGGCCCCAGAGCCACGCCCCUGAUUUAGAUAAAUAGCCUCAAUAAGCAUAGAAGAGCACCUUCAGGCAGAGUUAUUGUGCCUGAUCAUUACAUAGGAAAUUGUCUAUGCACAUGUUGAAAAUACAUAUUGACAUUUGUAUUGAACACUCAGUGGAUCAUGCACCUCUCCUGCUGCUGGAUACUGAAAUGCAAUUCUAGUUAGAUCAAUCUCAUCCAUGUGAAUUUAAAGGUCUUAAUAAGCAAUAAAUGGCGCGUUCUCCCAAUGAAUUGGGUUUCAAUCUGUGGUGACUCAUCAGGUGAGAGUCAGUAGUUACAUUUAUUCGUCAUGUUAUAGAUAAUGUGUUAUUAAUUGUUUCCACUUAGCCGUCAUGCUAAUCUUGCAGCCAAAGAAGCUGAAAGAGCGAAAGUGAAGCAGCACAUGCACUUUCUGGUACUUUUAGUCUCCUAGUGCAUCAGGCCAGUUGGAAAAUGAAAUAAUUUCUCUAUUAAGCUUUAUAUAUCAAAACAAACUAUGAUUUAUAGCUUUUAAAAUGUGUCAGUAAUAUAACUAACCGAGCCACUGGAUGGCCUGCUCCUCGACACAGGAAAUGAUUUCUGCUUGAUGUUAUUUUACUUUUACUGACAAAAUGUAUGAAUGCCAACAAUAUACAUUUAUAAGCAGUGUUGUUCCUAAAUCUUGUUGUUUUGCUAUAUGGAGGUUUGAUCAUAUUUGUUAAUGGCAAAUAAAAGUAUUUUUCUAAAGAA